UUAAGAGUGGGUCUGAUGUGGUGGAUGCUGGCCCGGGAAGUUCUGCGCAUGCGUGGCACCAUCUCCCGUGAACACCCCUGGGAGGUCAUGCCUGACCUCUACUUCUACAGGGAUCCUGAAGAGAUCGAAAAGGAAGAGCAGGCUGCUGCCGAGAAGGCUGUGACCAAGGAGGAAUUUCAGGGAGAGUGGACUGCUCCAGCUCCUGAGUUCACUGCUGCGCAGCCUGAGGUCGCAGACUGGUCCGAAGGCGUGCAGGUGCCCUCCGUGCCUAUCCAGCAGUUCCCCACCGAGGACUGGAGCGCUCAGCCCGCCACGGAAGACUGGUCUGCAGCCCCCACUGCUCAGGCCACCGAAUGGGUGGGAACCACCACCGAGUGGUCUUGAGCUGCUGCUCUGCGGAGAAGCAAAAUGGAAAUAAGGUUGACGGAAAAUAAACCGUUUCU